CAAAGAGGAGAGGUUUCUUGUAAGAAUUUCCCCUUCUUUCUUCCUCUGCUUCCUGUAUUUUCUCACAUGAGAUUUUCAUUCUCCAGCCAAAAUUUUCCAUGAAUCCAAACAGAAAAACGACGUUCUUGUCUUACGGGAUAUCUAAGUUACGAUUUUCGGGUACGAUCUCGGUAAUAAGCUGAAGAGAAGACACUUGAAAAGCCUCUCUUCCUCUGUUUUCUACUUUGCUUUCUCUUGCCAUCCAAAUGGAUACGUUUAAACCCCAAAAGGUUAAAGCAAGGAAGAUGAAAGUCAUCACGAAGAAAUCCACGGUUCAGAUACUCUCCAGCUUGUUUUUUCGGGCUAUCGAGAUUAUUGUUGUUGUCGUUACGGUAGCAAAGCUCGUCUACCAGUUUGUCAUCACGUUCGAGGACUCUGGAGAACGUUUCAAGGGUUUAGCUGCUAUACUCAUCAGCCGUCACGUCGUGUUCAUCGUUGGGAAUGCCAUAGUCAUCGCCCUUUUAGCCAAAUCUGGCAUGUUCCUGAAUCAAGAAUCCAAAGCAAGGACAUCAAGUGACGGGUUUUUCGAGGAAUUUGUACGAGACAGCAGGAGGGACGAGCCGAAUACAAGGGCCGAGGAGAAAAACAGAGGAAACCAGAGCAUAAUCGAGAUCAAGGAACAGAGCACAACUGAGAACAGGCAGAGACAGAGCAUAGCUGAGACAGAGUGUGUGACUGAAAUCAAGGGGAAACAGAUCACAACAGAGACCAGACAAAGACCGAAAACAUCUGAGAACCGACAAAAACAGAGCGUAAUCGAAAGCGAGAGCGCAAUGAAGAUCAAGGGAAAACAUAGUACAAACGAGGAUACUCAAAGAAAGAAGAAAAUCGAGAACAGGCUGAGACAGAAGACUGGGGAAAACAUGGCAAAACAGAGCAAGAGUUACCUGAGAAGUCGGUCGGAGAAUAUGGAGAAUCCGAGGAUUUCUUGCGGGACACUGAGGAGAUCGGAGACGGAGAGAUGCCUCAAGAGCUUGGAUACCGGGGAUGAAACAAGAGACCUGAAUGAUCGAAUGAGCAAUGAUGAACUCCGGUACAAGAUCGAGUCUUUCAUCGCGAGACAGAGGAGGAAUCAGAAGGAUGAAGAGUUUUGUGUUACUUAAUAGAGAGAAUGUAGACCAGACAAUAAUUAUGUAUUGAAUAAGUUCUAAAAGCAUCUCACAAUCUAGCAUGCACAUCUAUGUAUAUGUGUAUACACAUGUAAAAUGCUUGGAAGCAUUGUAUAAUUUUGAUGGUUGUAGAUUGCAAACGGUACCGUACCUCAAACUCAAAGUUCAAUCUUGGAUGAA